AUGUUGAUUGAAAUUGAGGAAACUGCGUGUUUCUUAGCUUCAUUCUUGUACGGAACAAUUCCACGUCGACGCAUUGAUACAUUCGCUGCUAUUUUGGCUAAUCAGUUGCUGGAACAUCUAUUAGAUGACGCACAAGCACCAAAAGUGUUCCAUUUAGUUGUUAAUGUUGCAGGAAAAAGUGAUCCUUUAAUUCAGAACGUUAGUGCUCGAUUUAUCUCAAAUUCUAACCUGGCAGCUGAAGAGGCUUAUAUGGACUUGACGGAAAUACAGUCACUUAUCCCUAAUAAUUUGGUUAUUGAAAUACGGCAAGGUUCAGUAAAUGCAGUUAAUGCAGAUACUGGUCAAACGAAAUCAAUUUAUCCUAAAACGAAGCCGUUGUUCAUUAAACAUCAAGAUAUGUUAUGGCUUACAGAAGGCAAAGCUACUUUUCAGAAUAACCAAAAUACAAAAAAAAUAAGCGAAAGUUACGGUCGUCCGUAUUUUGAUCUGCAGCGAGAUGACACGGUCUAUACUGCUCAAACCUUUGCGGCAACACGCUUUGGGUCAACCAAACUUAAAAGUCAUCAGGGAGUGGAUGCUGGAAACGGUUAUCAUCCGUAUACUACACCUUCACUUUACGCAUACCUUCAGUUGCUGAUUUUUCUUAAUGCUCUAGCAUGUCUAACAGUUUGGUCCGAGAAACUAGAACAAGAAUUAGAUAGCUUAACAGAAGUUAGUUUCAGGAUAUAUCAUUAUGCUUCAAAAUAG